GAAAAUCUCACUGCACGGGCUGCACUAGUUUCUCAGAUCUCCGCCCCUCCUUGAAUGUUAUAUAGUGAAACCUAAAACGCCAGCAGGCCCGUAUUUGGUGGCCCACUCUUUUCCUGAGGCUGUCAUUAUGAAAGGGGACACGGAGGACACGGAGGACAUGUCCAAAGUGGAGCCCUCCAAUGGGCUCAGCAGGCCCCUGGACAUCGUGCCCAGCACAGAGGAUAAGUUGAUAGAGAGGGGUCAGUGGAGCAACAAGAUCGAGUUUGUUCUGUCAGUGGCCGGAGAAAUUAUUGGCCUGGGGAAUGUCUGGCGUUUCCCCUAUCUAUGUUACAAGAAUGGAGGAGGGGCCUUCUUCAUCCCAUACCUCAUCUUCCUGUUUGCUUGUGGGAUCCCGGUCUUCUUCCUGGAGACGUCUCUGGGUCAGUUCACCAGUGAGGGAGGAGUCACCUGCUGGAGGAAAAUCUGCCCGUUAUUUGAAGGUGUGGGUUAUGCCACCCAGGUGAUUGUUGGCCUGCUUAACAUCUACUACAUUGUGGUGUUAGCCUGGGCCCUCUUUUACCUGUCCAAUUCCUUCACCUGGGAUCUGCCCUGGGCCUCCUGCAACAACACCUGGAACACAGAUUCUUGUAUGGAAUUUCAGAGGGGGAAUGGCUCCAUCAAUCACCAUGAGAACACCACCUCUCCUGUCAUUGAGUUCUGGGAGCGAAGGGUGCUGAGAAUUUCCUCAGGUAUUCAUGAUAUUGGCUCUCUGAAUGGGGACCUGGUUAUCUGUCUGGCCGUAGCGUGGGUCAUCUGCUACUUCUGCAUCUGGAAGGGAGUCAAGUCUACUGGCAAGGUGGUUUACUUCACAGCCACUUUCCCUUAUGCCAUGCUGGUGGUCCUGCUGAUCAGAGGGGUCACGCUGCCAGGAGCUUCCAUAGGAAUCUCCUACUACCUCUACCCCGACCUGGAACGUCUGUCUGACCCACAGGUAUGGAUGGAUGCUGGAACUCAGAUCUUCUUCUCGUAUGCCAUCUGCCUGGGUUGUCUCACUGCCCUGGGAAGCUACAACAAAUACAACAACAACUGCUACAGGGAUUGCCUGUCCCUCUGUUUCCUGAACAGUGGCACCAGUUUUAUAGCAGGGUUUGCCAUCUUCUCCAUCCUGGGCUUUAUGUCCUAUGAGCAGAACGUGCCAAUCUCAGAAGUUGCUGAAUCUGGUCCAGGUUUGGCCUUCAUAGCCUAUCCUCGUGCUGUGUCCAUGAUGCCUUAUCCUCCUCUGUGGGCCUGCUGCUUCUUCAUUAUGAUUGUCUUUCUGGGACUGGACAGUCAAUUUGUGUGUGUGGAGAGCCUGGUGACAGCCAUGGUGGACAUGUAUCCCUCCACCUUCCGGCGUAAGAACCGCAGGGAGCUCUUCAUCCUGGCAGUGGCUGUGGUGUCCUUCCUCCUUGGGCUCAUCAUGCUGACAGAGGGUGGCAUGUACAUCUUCCAGCUCUUUGACUACUACGCAGCCAGUGGGAUGUGCCUGCUCUUCGUGGCUAUAUUCGAGACUGUUUGCAUUGCUUGGAUUUAUGGUGCUGACCGUUUCUACGACAACAUUGAGGACAUGAUUGGUUACCGGCCCAGCCCUGUCAUUAAAUACUGCUGGCUUUAUUUCACCCCUGCAACUUGCUUUGGAACCUUUGCUUUCGCCUUGAUCAAGUACUCACCUCUGAAGUACAACAAUGAAUACGUAUACCCAUGGUGGGGCAAUGGGAUAGGCUGGGUCCUGGCUCUAUCCUCCAUGCUGUGUAUUCCCGUGUGGAUUGCAGUGAAACUGUACAAAACCCCUGGAACCCUGAGAGAGCGCCUCGUUUUCUUGACAACUCCUUCCAUCGACUUACCGAAGUCGAAGCAGGAGCAGGCGAGGCUGCUGGCCAUCUUCGCAGCGGACGGCGACAGCCUCCAUCAGAAAUCACCUCCCACCAAGGAAGGAUACUUCCCCGUUGAUGAAAAGGAGUCGAACUGCUAGAGACAUGAGGUUUGGUUUCAGAACCUUGAAUGGGGUCAAAGGUCAUUCCUUAGCCUUGACACUCUGUCUGGCCCCAUCCCAACUUCCCUUCAAUACCUCACCAGACACAGCGCAGACUUUAAGAGUCACCUGACCUGUUACUGCUGAUCUGCUGCUGGAGCUUUUCUCCUUUGUUAACAGCAUGACGGCGUCAGCGUUCUUACUUAAAGAGUAACAAUUAUUUGGGUACCAUCUUGUUGCCAGUAGCAGAGUCAUAUUUACACUUGAAAAUGGCAGCCAUUGUUGUUUCACAGUGGCUAAGAAUUUACAUUGAUUGUGUUUGCUUUCUGAGGAAGCCUUUUUUAUGUUUAGCUUGUUUGACAUUCCAGUUACUUUAUUGAUUAUACCAGCUAUCUGUUGCGGAGGUGUCACACGAAUAAAAGCUGUGUGUUUGAAUGAACUUCUGCAUGUAGAGUGCAAGUGUGUUUCAUCCAUAGAUUAAAUAACGCUGACAGCUCUGUUUUUACUCUAUAAAAAGAUUGUUAUCAUCUCAGGAUGUUACAUAUUUUAAUUAAAAAACAAAAUCAUACUAAUAAUAACCAAUGCUUGAGAAAGCAAGGAUUUGAAAUGUAUAUUUAGUAGAAUUCAACUAAUUUUUGCUGUUCAAUAUGUUUAUAUUUCUGGUGCAGAACAAUGCAGAUUUGCAUGAAUGUUACAUGCUUUUUUUCAAUAUUCAGAUUUUUGACAUUUUAAUUUAGUCACUUUUGCCUUAUCUCUAAUGCAUUGAAUUGUUUGAACUUAAAAUGUGAAGUGCCUGGAGUUGACAGCUGUGCUGCUAAUAAUAUGAACAAAGCACGCUGAGAGGAGGGUUGUAUUCCAAAAUCUCUCUUGUCUUCUCUUUUCCUGCUGGAUAGCAAUGAACCUCUGCAUGUGUUUUUUUAGAUAUUGGAAUGAGUAUAUGAUCAUGUGUUGCCAAUAGGGACUACUUUUACAUAUAUAACUUUUAUAUACUAUGAUAAAUGAUUUUUUAUGAAUGAAUAUAAAACACUUUAAUUAAAAUAUACAUUUCAAUA